AUGGGCAAGAGAAAGCGGUCGGGCAAGCCCAACGGCGGCCAGCAGAACGGCGCCACCAACAAGCGCGCCCGCAUCGUCGACAUGGACGACAGCGAUGCCGAGAACCAUACCAGCAGCAUUCUCCCUGUGAAGUUUGCGCCGGGCGAGAGCCCCGAAGAGAAGGAGGCUCUGCUGGAGAACAAGACCCUGUUCGCGUCGGACCUGUCGCGCGCCGACCACGACCGCGAGCGUCGCCUCUACAAGCUGCUGGGCAGCGCCGACGUCGAGGACCGCAUCCGGGCCGCCGACACGAUUGUGUCUGCUCUGCUGGGGAGCGGCUCUGCAUCCGUACCGGAGGCGGUGCUGCGGCGGCACCUCGAGCGGCGGCUGCUGCGCGGACUCGCCAGUGGCAGCGAGGCGGCCCGCGUCGGCUUCAGCUAUGUGCUGUCGGAGCUGCUGGGCCAACUGUUUGGACGCAGGGACGAGGACGAGGCCGCCGACGCCGCGAAGACGACCGAGUACGCCUCGACCUAUCCCAACCUGACGUUUGACCGCAUUCUCGAUCUGCUGCUCGAAAAGACCAAGCCGGCCGCCAACCUGCCCGGACAGGAAGAGCGUGACCACUACUGGGGCCUGCUGUUUGGCCUGCAGAGCUUUGUGGAGUCGGGCAUCUUGUUCGGCCCCGGCGACAACGGCCGCGUGCGCUACUGGGACACGCUGUUGCAGCACCUGCUGCAGCUCGGCCACAAGAAGGUGUGGCUGCGGUCGCAGGCGUGCUUUGUCGUCGUGCAGGCGAUUGCGCGGGGCCGCCUGCCCGACGAAGCGACGGUCGCCGCGACGCUGCAGACGGUGGCGUCGGAGGCCAGCGGCGACAGCCUGGCCAAGACACCCGAGGGCCUGGGCAUGUGGCUGGCCGCGCUGGCCCGCUUCCCCGAGAUGGCUCUACCGGCACCGUGGACGGCGCCGCUGGCGCCCGGCUCCCACAAGGACGUGGUGGCCGUGCUCAAGAACAGCGGCGGCGACAAUGACGGCAACAGCGAAGCGUCGUCGUCAAAGGCCGUUAAGCAGGGCAACGCUUCGGCCCAGCUGCACUUUGUGUGGGAUCUGUUGUUGGAUGCGCUGCUCGUGGGUGGCGCUGCCAAGCGCUUCGACGCCUUCUGGGUUGCCGUCGUGGACCAGGUCUACUUUGCCAAGGGCGCAUCCGACCACCAGAAGCUGACGGGCUUCAAGGUGUUCCAAAAGGCACUGGCGCUGUGCGCGGCUAUGGCCGACAAGUCAGCGGACGCCGACGCCGACGCCGACGCCGUCCACCCCAGUCUGUUCAGCAACAACCUGAUGGCCUGCCUGAUGAACCAGGCGUCCAACCCAACACCACGGUUGCACCGUGCCGCCGUCCAGGUGCUCAAAGUUAUUGAGCGCCAGGUCGAGGAGAACCCGCAUAUUCUGGUGCCCGUCCUCUCCUGUCUUCUUGGCAGCACGCCCCAGUCCCACGGCGUCUACGACUUUGACGAGCGCGUCAAGGGCACCGGCGACGGUACGCGGCCGGUGGAAAAGAUCCUGCGGUUUGCGGACGGUGACAGCAUCGAGGAUGUUGUCCGUCUGCUGCGCACGGGAGCUCUGCACGCACCUGACGCGAACGGCGAUCAGAAGCCGCUCCGGAUCUACGCCGAGUACCUCUUCCGCCUAGUCAGCCGUGCCGGCGCGGACACCACCGCUGCCAGCCAGGCUGGUGAGGUGUCUGUGAGCAGCAUCGCCUUCCAGGCGCUGGCCGAGCUGGCUUAUCCGACGGCCACCGUCACGGGUGGUGCUGCUCCCGAGACUAAAGAAAACGAAAAGUCAAAGAAGAAAAAGUCCAAGUCUGCUGCGCCGGCCCCUGCUUCCGACGCCACUGCUCCCUUCCCCGAACUCAACGAAAAGACCCUGGCCGCCUGCCGGAAAUCGUUGCUCUCGGCCGCUGGUGCCCUGCUUAAGCGCCCCGACGACUUUGCGUCGUUCUGCCGCACCAUGCACGCGAUCGAGCCUGCUUCGGUCGGUGUCGCCAUGACGAGUGAGAUUGAGGCGCGCGUUCUGGCUGCACGACAGCAGCUGAAGCAACUACUCGUCUCGUUCGAUGCUGCGCCCACCAAGGCGUCGAAGAAGAGCGGCGACGCCGCGGCAGCGUCGCGCGCCCGCCAGGGCCUUGCUGUCCUCUUGUCUGUGUCGCUGCUGCAGCUGUACCACGAGCCGCGGGCCGAUGCCAUCGAGGUGCUUGACGACAUCCAGGCGUGUGGUGACAAGCUGACGGCUGCGCUGGCCCGGAGUGGCAAGAAGGAGGAGGCUACGCACAAGGCGAAGAGGGGAAAGAAGGCGAAGAAGGCGAAGAAGGUAGAUGCUGAGGAAAAGGACGAUGAGGACGACGAGGACGACGAGGACGACGAGGACCACGACGAGGACCAUGAGCACGGCGAGCCCGACAUUGGCCAGGUCCUGACGGACGUCCUGCUUUCCCUGCUGGCCGAGUCGUCGCAGCUGACGCGCCAAACGUCGCUUCAGGUCUUUGAGGCGUUCACGCCGUUCAUGUCGGCCGAGGCCCUGGAUAACCUGACGGAUGUGCUGGCGGCGGAGGAGAACACGUCUGGGUACCGCACGCUGUUCAACCAGGAGGAUGAGGAUGAAGAGGAGGACAGUGACGAUGAAGACGGUGAGAACGACGACGACGACGACGACGACGACGACGACGACGACGACGACGACGACGACAGCGUCGAGAUGAUGGACAUGGACGCAGACGGCGACGUGACGGCACUGGCGGAGGGUGUGGAGUCGAGCGACGAGGAGGACAGCGACGAUAGUGACGAUGCGUCGUCAGAUUCAGAUGACGAGGAGGUAGAUGUCGACAAGGACAAGCCGAACGGCAAGAAGGCUGGCGGAGACGAUGCCGCCGACGACAGCCUCGAGGCCGCUCUCCGCAAGACGUACGGCGGUAUUCUACUGGAAGACGGUGACGGCAAGGACGGAGACAAUAGUGACGACGACAGCGACAACGAGUCGGACAUGAGCGACGACGCCAUGCUGCGCCUCGACGACCACCUGGCCAACCACCUCGCCAUUAUCCGCAAGAAGACCGACAGCCACAAGAAGGAGCGCGACGAGGCCCGCAAGCGUGUCGUCGCGUUCAAGCACCGCGUGCUCGACCUGGUCGAGACGUACGUCAAGAAGGCGUCGUCGUCUCUCGCAGAGACCAACCUGCUCCUGCUCUUCCGCCUGCUCUUCCGCCUGCUCCUGCCGCUGGUCCUGCUGAUCCGUGACACCAAGGAGCCUGCCCUGUCGCAGAAAGCGGCGCGCAUCGUCCAGGAGGUGCCGCGGCAGCUGAAGAAGGGCCGGUCGUCGUCGUCCUCGACCGAGGCAGCUGUCGACCUCGACGACGCUGUUGGCAUCCUCGAGGAGCUGCACGGGGCGGCCAACGACAAGACGGAGAACCGGGCCUUUGCGGCCGCCGUGUCGACGGCCAGUCUGGCGAUUGCAUCCACGCUGUGGGCGGCGACGGCCCCUGCGAGCGACGAGCGCACGGCCGCCUACCAGCGCGUCGCGGACGUCUACCGGUCGACACAGGACCGGUGGGUGCUCGACGGCUGGAGCGUGCGGACGUCGCUGUUUACCGACUGGUACAACUGGUGCCAGAACGCCGCGCGGGGGAGCGGUGCAUAG